AUGGCAAUUUAUUCAAAAUUGGAUUGGCGUGUCGUUUUGCUAUUUUUGAUGCCAAACAAAGUUUUUGUCAGUAAGUUACUACAGGACGAUGGAACAAGCAAAACUACAGAUCAACGUGUCGAAAGCACCCAUAAGCAUUCUGGAAUAUUAUUAUUUAACACUCAUUAUGAACAUGUUAGUGCACCUCUCACCAUUGCUCUUUGGUUCCUAAUUGUUACAGUAGUCAAAAUAGUUUUUCAUCGAUUUCGUUCUGUGCAUAAUUUAUUUCCGGAUUCUGCACUGCUCAUAGUCCUUGGGCUUAUUUUUGGUUAUAUUUUCAGUAUAAUUUAUCCAGAUGAAGUUUAUUUGAAACCAGAUUGGUUUUUCCUUUAUCUUUUGCCACCGAUUGUAUUAGAUGCCGGUUAUUUUUUACCAAACGGUGAUUUUUUUAGAAACAUUGGAACAAUUUUAACAUAUGCAGUAAUAGGAACUCUUUAUAAUACUUUUUCUAUUGGUGGAACUUUAAUUCUUUUGUCCAAAUAUUUCAAAGUAAAAUCGACACCUAUGGAACUUUUACUUUUCUCAACUCUAAUCUCAGCGGUUGAUCCCGUUGCAGUUUUAUGUGUUUUCGAAGAAAUUCAUGUUAAUCAACUAUUAUAUAUAUGUGUAUUUGGUGAAUCUCUGCUUAACGAUGCUGUCACUAUCGUUUUAUACCAAACGUUCAGUGUCAUGGUUGAAGUUGAUAAUCUUAGCACAGUGGAUUACUGCAAGGCAGGUGCUUCAUUUUUUAUUGUAUCAUUCGGCGGCAUUCUUAUCGGAAUUGCAUGGGCUUUGAUCACUGGUUUUACAACCAAAUAUGCUAGACAUUUAAAUGUUGUUCAGCCGCUGAUUUGUUUAUUAUUUCCAUAUCUUGCCUAUCUUACUUCGGAAAUGGUAUCAAUGUCUGGAAUAUUAGCGAUAAUGAUUUGUGGAGUUGUGAUGAAACAGUUUUUGGUAGGAAACCUUUCGAGAAAAUCACUUGUUACAGUACAAUAUUUCAUGAAAACAUUGUCAUCCAGUUGCGAAGCAUUAAUAUUCGUCUAUCUCGGAAUUUCAGCAGUUUCAAAAAAUCAUGAUUGGGAUCUUUUAUUUAUUUCUGUAACAAUACUUAGCUGCCUUCUUCAACGGUUCAUCGGAGUGUUCGCUCUAACAUGGCUUUUAAAUACUAAAAGAAUACACAAAAUCGAUGUUGUUGACCAGUUUAUUAUGAGUUAUGGUGGUCUUCGAGGCGCAGUUUGCUAUGGCCUUGUUAUGUCUAUUAAUCGUGAGAUCGUGAAUGCGAAAAAUAUGUUCGCGUCAUGUACAAUUUCAGUUAUCCUUUUUACUGUUUUUAUUCAAGGAACUACAAUCAAAUGGUUGGUGAAACUCCUCAAAGUAAAAAACAUGAAUAUUCAUAAGAAAACUCUCUUUGAAAUGGUCGGAGAAAAUGUUCGUUUUUUUUGCAAUAAAAUGUCUUUUUUCCCAAGAUAUCUAAAAUUUCAUUUUUCUUUUUUUAAUAAAACAGUCAAAUCCAAAUGCAUAAAGAUUGAAGAAUUUUCUUCAGUCAUAAAAUGA